AGUAACGUAGGAAGGGUACAUAUGUUCUAAUGGCGUCAAGACCCAAGCACUGUUGUCACGUUUUGUCCUACAGUGUUUCAAUAUUUUGUUUUGUUUAUGUCGCUCAAGUUUUCCACGAAGGAGACGAAAAACCGACGCGGGCUUGCGCAGGUUGGUACGGAGAGGCAGAGAAAGUUAGCUUUUACAGAUGGCAAGGAAAUAAUUCUCGAGGAAAUUCUCUUCCAUCAGCAGUCAAGCCAAAUGAACAUGGAAGUGACAACAGAGGAGGCACAAGCGGUGCUGCUGGAGGGAAUGGAAGGUACGCAGUACAUUACCAUUCAAAGGGCAGAUGGAGAACCCUUGAGCAAAAGCGUGCCUCUUCUGACACUUAAUGGAGAGCUGAUCUCCGAGGGAAUGGUGGUUGACAUGAUCAAUGCUGGUGUUGGCACUGACUAUGGUGCAGCGACUCAGUAUUACGAAACUGAAGAUCUACUGCAACAUGACUUGACAGAGGAGGACAGGAGGCUGGCUGCAGCUUUGGUUGCUGUUCAGCUGCAACAACAACAGAAGCAGCAGCACCUUCACAGUCAGUCGCAACACGACGAUCCUACACUGCCGGACGUUUCACAUCUGGAGACCCUGACGCCUGUCAACACUUACUCCAUACAAACGGUCCCAGAACCAAACGCACCUCCGGUGUACCCGACGUUGCAGCCAUUCAAACGAAUCCCGCAUAACGUGAAACAAGAGUUCAUAAACGUGAAAAGCGAAUAUGACGUGGACGUGUCGGCGGAGAGCAGCGAGGACGCGACCCCGAACUCGGGGCCGAAGAGAUCGUUGCCGCACAAGAAGAGGAUACCACGCAAACUGAAGCAACAGACGAAAAGAAGCUCGACGAGGAAGGACAGCGGCAGGAUAAACGCGGACGCCAUGAACGGCAAUAGCGCUUCCGGCGACAUACAGACACACGUGUUCAAGUGCGAACUGUGCAGUUCUAGAUUUAGUAGUCAGUUGAAGUUUUUCGAGCAUCUGAAGGUACACUAUGAACCUGUCAAGCAGGAAACCAGGAUAGCACAAGCGACCAAUACUAACAUCACGAUAUCUGUGUCAGAGUCUGUUCAGAAUUUGGAAAAUACAGUUAUCGAGGAGUUCAGCGAGCCUGAGGAUCUUAUGGAGGGCAUCAGAGGCGUUGUGGAGGAGACAGGUGCGCACAUAGACGACGAAACAGAAUCCCCGUUGUCCACGGUGAACAACGAAUCCCCGUUGUGGACGAUUACCGACGUCACGGAACAUGUACAUAGGGACCACGUAAAACCGUCAGCUAUCAAUGACCACGGCAUGCACGACAAAGAUAAGUCUGACAUUCCACAAACAGCGAAGAAAAAGAAGAUACUGAAGGCUAGGAAGUCGAACGACGAACUAACGUGUCCCCAAUGCGACCGGUCAUUUCACCAUAAAAACAGUUUGGUGUACCACAUGCGAUCUCACAGUGGUGAACGACCUCACCAGUGUGAAGUCUGCGGGAAAAGUUUUUUUGCUGCCAGUGCGUUGAAGGUCCACAAGCGCCUUCACAGCGGUGACAAGCCGUACAAGUGCGAGGAAUGCGGCCGUCAUUUCCGUCAGUGCGGAGAUCUGAAAUACCACUCGACUAGCAUCCACUCGGAGCAGAAACAGUAUCAGUGCGAGUAUUGCGGCAAGGACUUUGCGCGGAAGUACUCGCUAAUCGUUCACAGGAGAAUUCACACUGGCGAAAAGAAUUACCGCUGCGAGUACUGCAACAAAACGUUCAGGGCGAGCAGUUAUUUGCAGAACCAUCGUCGCAUACACACCGGUGAGAAGCCGCACCAGUGCGCUGUCUGUGGAAAGCCAUUCAGAGUACGAAGCGACAUGAAGAGGCACAUGCACACGCACACGAGGGGAAGGUCUGAAAGAGCUAUGAACAGGGUGAAAACUGUGGAGGAAGUCGGUGACAAAGGCUCGCAGGCAAAAACCAUCCAAGAUCUUGUUCGUGAUUUGAAGCUCGAGGUGGAGGCAACAGGAGUCGUGGAGAUCAUCCCUCCCGACGAUAAUCCUGAGAGCAUUCUGCCGCACGCUGGUGGACCAACCCUCGAAUACACAGUGACAACGACUCCGGACGCUAAUCUUGACAGAGAUCCAUUGAAGGCAGUUGUUCGUGCUGAGAAUAUGCAGUAUUUCUUUAUCUAAUGUCUGCUGGAUUAUUUCCUGUAACAUUGAGAUUAGACCAUGACAGAUCUCUCAUGCACAAAGCCGAAGUCACCACAGGUGCAAAUGACUGAAUCGAAGUGCUAUCACCAACGCACUGCUUAUCAUUAAUGUGGAUAAACGUACUUUCCAGUUUCUCUGCAAAUUUUUAAGGGAAUGUUACGGACGUAAUAUUAAAAAAAAAUAUAUAUAUAUAUUAUUCUUAAGACUGUUCUUAGCAGAAGAACUCGGGAAGUACAUAUAUAUGUAUAAAUAUAUAUAUACACACAUACAAACACAGGAUGUCCUGAAUUUAAAUGUCAAAACUUCGUAGAAAAGCGAUAGAAUGAAGGAAAAAAGUUCUUCAGAGAUUUGCUCCACUUUAGAGAAAAUCACAAAAAAAUCAUAAAAAAAGUUUUCAUUUAUUCAUUUAGUCAGUAAGUUCAUUCAACGACAACUCCAGAGUUGUAUUUAUAAAAACGAGCAAACCUCUAAAGUACUUUUUCUCACAGUUUAUUAAUCCCCUACAUAAUCCUUUGACAAAAUUUUGACAAUUAAAUUUGGAACCUGUGUGGUAUACAACUUCUAAAAAAAGGUAAUAUCAAUUUAAUUAGUUGAAGAUAUGUAUAUGCAUAUGCGCAAGUGUAUACACACAUCCUUAUAUACGUAUACAGAUAAAAUUACACGUAUAAAUUGUACAAUACUUAAUGAUAAUCAAGAUCUAUUGUAAAUGUACAUUUCUUAAUCGUAGUUAAGUUAGUCAUUUAUAUCCGCGAAUCGUCGUUGAUAAAGAAAUAUAUUUUUUACGUGAACGCAUUUACAAGAA